CCGCCUUCGCUUCCCCUGCCUAGCUGGUCCUGCCCUCGAGGAGAGGUGGCAAUGAUGGAUCCGACGGCGAUGGCAGUGGAUGCCUCAACCCGUGGCGCUGGCGUGGGUAGCGGCGGUGUGGGCGGUCCCCUGCCUGCAAUUCGUGGAGAUGCUUUCCUGCACCUGGCGACGUCCCACAGAGCAAUUACAGUGCUGUUCUGCGACAUUCAGGGCUUCACGCCCAUGUGCAACGAGGUGCCUCCCUCCACGGUGAUGGCCUUCCUCAACGACCUCUUCACCCGUGUGGAUCGAUUGCUGGACCCGUUCGGGGUGUACAAGGUGGAGACUAUCGGCGACUGCUACGUUGCUGCCGGGGGCCUUAUGAAGGUGGACGAGGAGACGGGCGCAGUCACAGUGCGCUCAGAUGACGUGGAUCCUCAGCAUGCAUACCGUACGGUGCAGUUCGCAAAGGCGCUGCUGUCUGCAGCAACGGCAGUGCGGCUGCCCACCACGGGCCAGCCGGUGCGGCUGCGUGUGGGCAUCCACAGCGGCCCCGCCAUGAGCGGCGUGGUGGGCACCCGCAUGCCCCGCUUCUGCCUGUUCGGUGACACCAUCAACACGGCCAGCCGCAUGGAGAGCACGGGGGUACCGGGCGCCAUCCACGUCAGCCAGGCCACUCGGGACCUGGUUCCGGGUGAGGCUUGGGAGGCGACGGGCGGAGUGGAGGUGAAGGGGAAAGGGAACAUGAGCACAUUUGUGUUGCGUCCGCCGGUGUCCGAGGGGUGGUGAAGAACUGACGAGCUGAGGAUUAUCCUGUUGAAGAUUUAAAAGCGACAUGAGGAUCUGAUUUGCAGGGUGUUAAGCUGAGUGUGUGGAGUUGAGUUGACUUUGAUGAGCGGCGUCGACUAUUCGUGUAAAGCGAGUUUUGAGGAUGCGACGAGUGGCAGCUGGCAGAUGGCUGUACGGAAAGGAUGAGGUGGUAUGAGGAAACCAUAAUCGUGCUGAAAGAAGGCAAGGAGCUAUUUACUAGCGCCAUGUAGCACGUUUUCGUACGUUAGCCAACUUUAUCGUUUUGGCUGCAUUGCCUUGUGCUGGGGUUUCUCUUAGCCUUGUUACGGUGUAGUACUUCUGUGUCGGUCUAAGUGACAUAUCGACUUAUCGCUUGUUUCUUUUAUCCCGAUAGGUUGUUCAGAGCAGGGGGACGCAGCGGACCCGUGCAUUUUCUGCGGGAUUGCACCCGUUGAUGCUGUACUUGAGGAUUAAGAGCAUUAGUCAAUGCUAUGCUUUCCUAGGUUGCUGCCUUUGAUGUGUUUCUUGGAGCAUCAUGUCAUGGUGCUCACAAGUCGUAUACAUCUUGCCGGGCAUCGUUGUUGCUUGACAUUUCGCAGGGCAACCGUUUCGAUGAUGGGGUUUCGAUGUCGCCAGGGUUAUAAUUGACCUAGGGUUUUUUGUCUAGUGAACCUCCUCCCAAUCGCACACGCUGUUAUCCUAGCUGCAGUAAUUUUGCAGCCUCGUGCGGAGGUAUGGUAGUAGGCUUUAUGGAAUUCAAAUAUACCUUUGUGCGCACUGCCUUCUUUUUGCUGUGCGCUAUUUAUGCGCUUGUUGUGACAGAGUAGGUGUUCCUCUUCGUUUGUAGCAUGUUCUUUCCAAAUCCGCAGUCGCUCGAAGAUGGCGACUGCCGCACCUUAGACGGUGCCGGCCUGUGCCCUACGCAUUCAUCACGAGGUACUUAGGACAAUUAACGAUCCGAUUGUAACAUAACGCAUCCGAAGCGCUCUCACUAGCUGUUGUCAACCUCUUCACCAAGCAUGCACGGGAUUCCAUUCACGCGUCGCAUCGUGGCCUGCUCGGGUUAUGCACGUGAAAACAAGACACGUAGCACUUGCUUACAACAAUAACAAGCCUCAGACCGCGUGAAGGGGACUGGUGUACGACAACAAAACCUGGG